UCCAAAGCUUUAGUAUCUCAUUCGCUCUCGAGAUCUGCUCUGAAUCUAAAUAAAGCUCUCUCUCGAACCUUCGAGAGUCACUAUUUCGAACAAUCGAUCAAUCGAUUCUUCUCGAAGCAUGCGCACUAGAACGUUCGGGAAAUUCAAGGCCCAGAUAUAAAUACUGGCGUCGAGUGUCACUGCAGUUCAGUUCCUUUUUAAACGAGUAAAUACUAUCUCCCGGAAAGAUACUUAUUUUGAUUUUUAAUCUGAUAAUUGUUAAUUAAUACAUUCAUUAAUUUCGAUCUAAUUUAUUAAUUUAUUUCAAUUAUAAAUAUUUUCAGUUUCAGAAUAAUGCCGCGGAAGAAAUCUAACCUCAACAAUCCGUGUAGCAGAAAGGUACGACUCCAGCGCGCUCGGCGAGCUCGAGAAUCAGAAGAAGAAACUGCAGCAAGAAAUGCAGCUCAACGAAUUAGAACAGCAAAAAUUCGUAUUCAAGAAUCUCAAGAACAGCGUAAUAAACGUCUGCGACAAAAUGUAUUAAGGGCAAGAACUGCGCGACAACAGAAUAUAGCCAGAUUUAGAGAACUCGAAAGAACGAGGCAACAAACCAGUCGUGUAUUAACACGUGCAUCAUUCUUUCGCCUUGCGUUUGAGUAUGAACCAGACAUUAAUUACUCGGCACAUUCUAAAAUUACAAUUGGUGCGAUGGAUAAAAUAUGUCAAUAUUGCCACGCGUUAAAAUGUCGAAAUGAAACAACUGGAAUGUGUUGUGCAUCAGGAAAAUUGUUCAACGCGCCAACUGUAGAUGAAGUUGCUAUUAUUAUGGUUGGUGAUCCAUCUAACAACAGAGACAUUAGAAUUACACGUCGAGAUAGAAUUGUUAGUGUAAUUUCGGAUAUACAUCGUUCAUAUGACGCACUUCAGUAUCCUUUGAUAUUCUGGCAAGGGCAAGAUGAAUAUCACAUCAACAUCAAACAGCGUGAUCCAGUCACUGGUAAUGAAACAAAUAAAAAAGGUGUUCUAGUGGAAGUGGUGGAGGUUGCCAUCCUGAGCGAUCUUUGA